AUGAAUUAUCAUCAAUUAAAUUCUCAUUCGAUAUCUCAUCAAUUACUCAAGAAAUCCAAUCCGAAAGAUGAAUGCAUUCGAUUAACUUCAACAAAUGUCUUGAGAAUUUUUCAUUAUUUGCCGACCAUCAUUUGUCUUGUGGGAAAUCUUAGUUCCAUGUCUCAAGAUAUCUUUGAAGAAAUUUAUGUUGUGCACAUGACCUGUGACAACUAG